CGUGUGUCGCGGUCGUCUUUAUGGAGUGUCUAUAGUUAUUCAAUAAGCAUAUUCAAUAUAACAAUGGCGACACAGGUUGUAGCAAGUACUGCUACGGGACUGACGCCAGGCCAGUCUGGAGGUAGUACAGCGUACAGUCGAAAACAGGAUGGAGGGCCGUCCUCACCGUUCUGGGAGAGCUCCGAGACGAUUUCUCAGCUGGAGGUGGUUCGCAACUGGAUUGGAAAACAUUAUAAAAAGUAUGUGCAAGCAGAUGCACCGUCCAGUAAGUCGCUGGCCGGACUGGUUAUCCAGUUACUCCAGUUUCAGGAGGAUGCCUUCGGACGGAGAGCAGACAACCCAGCUCUCACUAAACUGCCAUUAAAAUGUUUCCUGGACAUGAAGCCAGGGGGCGCCCUCUGUCACAUCCUGGGCACAAUAUACAAAUUUAAGACAGAGCAAGGCUGGCGGCGUUUUGACCUCCAGAACCCGUCUAGAGUGGACCGCAAUGUGGAGAUGUUUGUCAGUGUGGAGAACGCCUUGAUUCAGAAUAAGUGUCUGAUCAGGCCUGUGGUGUACCUGUGCCCUGAUCUGGAGCAGAAGCAGACCAGUGUACUGAGAGACAUCGUCAAACAACACCAGGGUUCCGUCACAGAGGAGAAGAGUCUAGCUACUCAUCAGAUUUACCCAUCUCCUGUCUUGGCAGAUGAAGAUGAGUGGUUCAGGCCAGUCAUGCGAAUAGAGCGACAGGUGUUGGUCCACUGGGGCAUGUACCCAGACAGUUAUGACACGUGGUUGGCCAGCAGUGACGUGGAGGCUGAGGUAGAGGAACCGCCCAGUCUGGACCGGCCCUGGAAGGUGCAUGCUAAGUGGUUGACGGACACAGACGCGUUUAACGAGUGGAUGAAUGAAGAAGACUAUGAGGUGGACGACAGCGGGAAACCCGUGAGCUUCCGCCAGCGUUUUUACUCGCGAGAGGAAGAGGAACGUAAGCUGUCUGGGAAGAAAAGAAGACGCUCUCCUUCUCCUUCAUGCUCAGAGUCCAGGAAGAAAGGAGCAAAGAAAGGCUCUGGGCCGUUCUAUAAGAGGCGUGGCCAGCAGGAGGAGGUGGAGCCAGAGGAAGACUUGACCAAAGACAUGGAGGAUCCAACACCAGUUCCUAACAUGGAGGAGGUCAAACUGCCCAAAAAUGUAAACCUGAAGAAGGACAGUGAGAACACGCCAGUCAAAGGCGGGACCAUGGCCGACCUUGAUGAACAGGAGGAUGAGUUGCUGUCUGCAGUCAGGGACGAGGAGGAGCAGGGCAGACUGGAUUAUGGACAUGCAGGAGAAGAGAUGGCUACAGAACAGACACACCACAUCAUAGUGCCCAGCUACACGUCCUGGUUCGAUUACAACUGUAUUCAUCAGAUAGAAAGACGAGCUCUGCCAGAAUUCUUCAACGGGAAAAACAAGUCAAAGUCACCAGAGAUAUAUCUGGCCUAUCGUAAUUUCAUGAUCGACACGUAUCGACUGAAUCCUCAGGAGUAUCUGACCUCCACGUCGUGUAGGAGAAAUCUCACAGGAGACGUGUGCUCCCUCAUCAGAGUCCAUGCCUUUUUGGAGCAGUGGGGUUUGAUUAAUUAUCAGGUGGAUGCUGAGAACAGACCCCUCCCCAUGGGCCCACCCCCAACCCCCCACUUCAAUGUCCUAACACACACUCCAUCAGGAUUGGUACCGCUACAGCACCGACCCCAUCAGGUCCCUGCCUCUCAGCAUAUGCUACACUUUCCAGAGAAGAGCAGAGAGAAACCGUCUGACCUCCAAAACUUUGGGCUACGGACUGAUAUAUACGCAAAGAAACACCCCAAGAGUAAAGGAGCCAGUGCCGGGAGAGAGUGGACAGAACAGGAGACUCUGCUGCUGCUGGAGGCGCUGGAGAUGUAUAAAGAUGACUGGAAUAAGGUGUCAGAGCAUGUGGGCAGUCGUACGCAGGAUGAGUGUAUUUUACACUUCCUGCGCUUGCCCAUAGAGGAUCCUUACCUGGAGAACUCUGAGGCCUCAUUGGGUCCCUUGGCUUAUCAGCCCGUCCCCUUCAGCCAAUCAGGCAAUCCCGUCAUGAGCACUGUGGCCUUUCUCGCCUCUGUAGUCGACCCCAGAGUCGCCUCUGCCGCCGCCAAAGCUGCACUAGAGGAGUUCUCUCGUGUGAGGGAAGGGGCUCCUGUGGAGUUGUUUGAUGGUCAUCCUCCGCUGCAGGCUGAGGAGGUGAGCCGCAGGCCAGGCCAGAGUGAGCCUGUCUUUGGCCUGUCAGCCAGCGGCAUCACGGGCUCCACCCCAGAGCAGCCAAGCAGGACUGAAGGAUCCGGAAAUGAUCUGCUGGAAGGUGAUGCCAAGCAGUCUGAGAAGGUGGAGGGGGAAAAUGCCCUGGGAGAGGGUGAGAGAGAGAGAAAGAGAGUGAAGACAGAAGAAAGAGAGGAGGGAGAGGGUGACCGAGGAGAGGAAAGCAAAACAGAGGAGAAUUUGGAGAAAGGGCGGGUUCAAGGCGAGGAGGAGGAGCAGAAAAAGACGGUGGAACUGGAGCUGGUGGAAGCAAAUAUCGCUACGGCAGCUGCUGCUGCCCUGGCAUCUGCUGCCACCAAGGCCAAGCACUUGGCUGCCGUGGAGGAGAGGAAGAUUAAGUCUCUGGUGGCUCUACUGGUGGAAACUCAGAUGAAGAAACUGGAGAUCAAACUGAGACACUUUGAGGAGCUGGAGACGAUUAUGGACCGAGAGAAAGAGGCUUUGGAGCAGCAGAGGCAGCAGUUGCUGUCGGAGAGGCAGAACUUCCACAUUGAACAGGUGAAGUACGCUGAGCUGAAGGCCAGACAGCAGCUGGAGCAGCAGCAGGCAGGAGCCUCACAGGGCCAACACGGGGCCCCUGGAACAGCAUACAACCCUGUCCAUCACAGCAUUGGUCCCCACACACACACGCAGACAGGGCGCAUGAUGGGCGGUGGAACCAGUGGUCAGAUAUUGGGUCCACGGCAUUCAGGAGCUCUCAACGGCAUGUAUCCAACUCCGCCCUCGACACAGGGUGAAGGGAUGUCAUCUGCUUCAUCCACGCCCAUCUCUGGACGGCCAUCAGCAGAGAGCUAAGACCCUUCCCCCCCAGUCGUCAGCCAGCCUAUCACCCUCCUCUCUGAAUCUGUCAGUGACAACCAGAGACCCUGUUACAGAUACAUCCAAGUUUCAGAUCCAGUGAAUGACUGUAACACAUAUGUGCUCAGAUCCAACAGAACAACAUGUCAAGACUUUUAAAAAUAAUUGUAUGCUACCAUUACAGUUUUAGGUCUGGUUUAGGUCUUUUUGUUGGCUGUUGU